AUGGCGCUGGCUCAGCAAGCCGGCACCCGGGGCGCCGCAGGACGAGAUGGACUGAGCGGAGACCCCUGGGCAGCAGUCCGGGCUGGAGAGCUACCCAUCCCGGGCCAUGGCGUCAAAGGCUGCGUGGGUGCUGAAGGUGACGGCCCGGUGCAGGGCUCCAUUCGCUUCGAGCAGGACAGUGGGUUCAUGCUGGGAUGGAGAGAGCAGACAGCCUUGCUGGUGCAGCGCCACGCUCUCAUCUGCUCCAAGGCUGCGGGGGCUGCUGGAGGCCCAGGACAGGUGACGCAGAGUGUUUUCGGCCGAUGUCGGGAGGUAGGCUGGUCUCCAGCCCCCGCACCUCCUGGUCUGUGGAGGCGAGCUGGGGCCGAGGCCUGCACACCGCCCGAGGGGUCUGCUCGUCCAGUCUCCGCCCAGCCCACGGCUCUGCGCGGCAGUGCAGGGGCCGAGCGCCGGCUCCGCUCGUGUUCCCGGCAGCGCUGUGACUCCGAGGACAGUCCCCACUGCGGACACAUGCUGCCGGAGCAGCUCACGGCGGGUCCCUGUAGCAGGGACACUUGUGACUGCAUUCGGGCCCACUCAGACAACCUGGGACGACCUCCUCAUCGCAAGAUCACGGAUCUAAUGGGUGCCCUAGCGCCCAGUGCCUCUCCGGCCACCUUGACCACCCAGUGGGUGGCCACACAAGACUCAGACCGCCCACAGCCCCGACCGGGCGGUUGGACGAAGGAGCGAGGUGGCCCGGCUGGCCCUCACGCCCGCACGCCCGUGCACCUGUCCAGCCCUCCGCCACCCUCCCCUCUGCGCUCCUCAGCAGCUGGUCUGUCACCAACGCUGCAGCGUGGUGUCCCUGGUGUCGCCCGACCUGCCCAGUGGCGGCGCCCACUACAGCCCCGCCUGGACGCCGCUCUUCUCGGCCAUGUGGCCUCUGCCGUCCCUGCAGGCACGAGUGCCCUUGCCCUGGCUCCCUCCCCCACAGUCCCCACUCCGGCGCCUCCUCCCACGGCUCUUCCUCCGCCCUCGCCCUCGCCCUCGCCCUGGCCCUCCAGCUUCCCCUUAGUCCUUGCCUGUCACUCUCCUCUCUGCUGUCGCCCGCGCUCGCCCGCUCCCCGUCCGGCUAGCUGUGUGUGCCCACCCUGCCCUGGCUCCGCGAGGGGCCUCCGGUGGGUCCUGGCAUUUCCUCCCGGGGGAGGCUGGGCCGUGACAGCCCGGCUCCACUUCUGCAGCCACCAGACCACACAGAGGCCACAGGCGCACUGGUGCCCUCAACCCGCCUGCCCAGAGGGCAUGUGCACUUGUCAGAAAGUCAGAGGGGGAGAAAGCGUCCUGUGGGCCCAGGGCACGCCCCACCCCUCCCAUCUCUCCACCCGGUCGGGUUUGGUGCACACACGUGCUGGCGUGUCAUGCCUGCUGCUGGCCCCACCUGCAGCUACGGGGCCUCCCUGUGACGCGCGGUCGGGGAUGCCAGCCCAGUUCUGCCCACUUCCUGUCACCGUGCGAGGACUUCGGCUGCGCCACGUGAGUGGAGCCCACUCCUGUGACUUCGUCCAUGGGGCGGAGUGCCCUGAUGUUCGUCCUUGUAGCACGUGACGGUCCCCCAGGCCGGACGCUCACCGUGGACGCACACGCUUCACCUGCAGGGCUGGCCCGGCCUCCGGGGCGCAGCCGUGGGAGACACGAUGUGAGCGUGGCUGUGCCGACCUCGCCCAUCCUGUGCUCUUUUCUGAUUUUUUUAAGGGAGAUAUUGGCUAU